UAUUUAAUUGGGGGUCACUUCCUUUCUCUUUUUUGGUUUACUUUGUGUCUGAAUACAUGAAUUAGUUCUAUUUACGCAAUGCGGUCAACAUCACUGUCUACACAAAGGAGGAGCAGCGGUAAACUGGGAAUAUUCUGACAAUCCUGCCACAUUCUCGCUCAAUCUUUAACAACUAUACUCGGACCCAUAAGCUGUUCGACGAAAUGUUUAACAGAAGAUUCUGAAUUUAAUUAUUAUGGCACUUAUGGAGCAGAGGAGCUUUCUUGGCUCACUGGGUCCAUACCCACUCUCUGAAGCUACAAUAACAAGUAGCAGAAUUCUAUAUGGAGCUAGUUCAAGUCUGUUCAUCCCAAGCAGUUAUAAUACUGGAAGAAACAUGAAUUUAAUGGCACACUCUUGUGCUAGUAGGAAUACCAAACUGUAUUACAGGAAACUUCCCAAGAACCUGCAUAAUCCACGCCGACCUAAGCUCCCCCCAGACCCCAGCCUUCUCGGUCUUGACACGGUUGCCCAGAGGAAUAUGCCUGGCUCUUCUACCAAUGACAUCUUUACAGAUGAUGACAACUUUGAUGAUCUUGUAGUUGAUGAUGAAGAGAAGGAAGAAGGAAGUUACGUUAGUCAUGAUGAAAAUGGUGAAAUUAUGUGGGACCAAGAUGAGAUUGAGGCAAUCUCCUCACUUUUCCGGGGGAGGAUACCUCAGAAGCCUGGAAAUUUGAAUAGACAAAGGCCUUUACCGCUGCCACUUCCCUGCAAGAACAGAGCUUUAGGCCUUCCAAACCAGAAGAAAUUUUCAAGAAAAUCAGUUGCUAUAUCUAGGCAGUCAGUGUCGAAUCAGUUGUACAGGAAUCCAACUUUUUUGGUUGGUUUAGCUAAGGAGAUUAAAGACCUCCCUCCCAAGGAGAAAAAUGUGUCGCUGGUUCUAAAUAAGUGGGCUCGGUUUCUUCGUAAAGGGUCCUUGUCCAUAACAGUUCGUGAGCUAGGCCAUAUGAGUUGUCCUGAAAAAGCUUUACUUGUGUUUUGUUGGACUCAGAAACAGCCACAUUUGUAUCCAGAUGACAGGAUUCUUGCUUCCACUGUUGAGGUCUUGGCUAGAUCACAUGAGUUGAAAAUGCCUUUCAAAUUUGAUGACGUUAAAUUUAUCAGCAUGGUCAGCCGGAAUGUAUAUGAAGCGAUGGUAAAGGGCUUUAUUAAAGGUGGAAGUUUGAAUAUCGCGUGGAAGCUUCUCUCAGCUGCUAGAGAUAGUAAAAGAAUGUUGGACUCAGGAGUAUAUGCUAAGUUAAUUUUGGAGCUAGGGAAGAAUCCGGAUAAAGAAGUAUUAGUCUUAAGCUUACUUGAAGAGCUUGCUGCAAGAGAGGAUCUGAAUUUGACUCCACAAGACUGUACUGCAAUCAUGAAAGUUUGUGUAAGGCUUGGGAAGUUCCACAUUGUGGAGGGGCUUUAUGAUUGGUUCAAGAUGUCUGGUCGUGUUCCAAGUGUAGUCAUGUAUACUACAGUCACUCAUAGUCGCUAUUCUGAGAAGAGAUAUAGAGAGGCAUUGGAUGUUGUUUGGGAGAUGGAAACUACAAACUGCCUCUUUGAUCUUCCUGCUUAUAGAGUAGUAAUAAGGCUUUUUGUUGCUUUGGAUGAUCUCCCUAGGGCUGUACGCUAUUUCGCAAAACUUAAAGAGUUUGAUGAGAUUGGAAGUCCACAAUUAGCUUCACCAUGGAAGAGUGCAGCGAUUAAUGACUUUCCAAGCCAAUUUAAACAGGUAGAAAGCUCAUUUCAGGUGCAAUUUCCUCAACUGAAUAAAGUUAUGGCUGUGCUCCCUGGAUGCUGCUGCGGUUUUUCUUUAGGUAACUCCUCAAGUCACCCUUUUUUAAGUUCAACCACUGUCCUGAGGGAUGGCAUCUGUGCUUGCACUAUCUUCAGCAGUUCCUUUCCAAGUUGUGCUGAAAAAUGCAUUGGCUAGAGAAAGAUUCAGCUUUCCUUUAUUGCUUGAUAGGCCACGACAAUAAUAUAAAACCAAAUACUUCGCUUGAAAGAGUGUUUAAAUCGACAGCAAGAAGACUUUUCUCCGGCAAGCUAGUCAAUCAGGCUGAUGUCUUAAUCUUUCUUUUGGUUGGCCUUGACUUUCCUAUUUUAUUAGGUCUAGAAUUCUUGACGGCAAGAAAAUGCAUACUACCAUAACAGUGCUGAGGAUGGUUAAGGAAAGAAGUUGGGCCUCUAACGACAGAAAAUGGUCAACAGAUACGAAAGUGAGGAAGGAGUGAAUUUCGAUAGGAAAUCGGCCUCAACCUCAUACUACAAACCUUUCAGAUGCAGUAGCAAUACAUUGGCUGCAUUACAUAUAAGGGCAAAGAUUGAAAGCCUUUAAAGCCGAAUUUAUAUGGUGUUACAACUCAGGGAGGUUCAGCUUCAAAGGCGGGAAUUCGGCCGAUAUUAAGCCGAAAAUGAGUGUGUUUGGAUAGGAGAUUAUUUGCAAUAAUUAUUAUGACACUUUUCACGACGUGACAUAUGUGAGAUAAAAAGGUUUUAGAAAAAUAAAAAAUUAAUUGAAAAUUAUAAUUGUGAUACUGACAAAAAAGAAGAGGAAGUUCGAGAAGAAGAGGUUUUAGGUGGUUAAAAAUAUCUGAUAUCUUGGACUAAAAACUGCAAUGUCUUCACUAUUUUGGUUAGAAUAUGAGAGGAGUAUAAGGGAGAGCCAAAUUGAGGCUGAGGAAGAGAGAUUCCGGCUAACUGAAAUUGCCAAGGAAAGAUGUCCAGAUAAAAUGCC